AGGUUUACUCCAGCAAAGUCAUCAUUUUUCAUACUAUAAAUUUCCCCUUUCAACUUCAGUAUCAGAUAUAGAGAGAAAAGCACAAGGAAUCUGUGAAAUGGGCAAUCACAGGUUUAGAUUAUCAGAUAUGAUCCCAAACGCCUGGUUCUACAAGCUCAGAGAUAUGAACACUACAAGAACUAGAAACUCUCACCCCAAGAAGAAACACGCGCCGCCGUCCUCCUCCCCCACCUCCACCGCCACCACCACCUUCUACCACCUCUCUUCUCCUCCACACUCUUACUACCACACCACCGCCUAUAACCCCUUCUCUGAUCCACCCAAGAGGAAAACAGUAUACAAACCUUCUGAAAUUCAAAUUGCUCAGACUGGCAAUACGAGUAGUUCCGAUGAAGAUGAUGAUGAUGAUGAUGAUAGUUCUACAUUGCCGGAGCUGAUCGGAUUGGAGGAAAGCGUUGAUUUCAGACCGAGAAAACCGCCUGUUUCCAAGGUCACCGGAGUGAGGCUGCGAGGCAACAGUAGUAGUAGUUCUCCGAGAAUUGCGGUCAGGAAGAUCCGGAGAAGCUCGCCGCGGGCGGAGAAGAUGGAGUUGCCGGAGAGCGGCGGCGUUGCGAUGGUGAAGGCGUCGGUUGAUCCGCAGAAGGAUUUCAAGGAAUCAAUGAUGGAGAUGAUCGAGGAGAAUGAGAUGAAAUGUUCUAGGGAUUUGGAAGAACUUCUUGCUUGUUAUCUUUCUUUGAAUCCAGAAGAAUAUCACCACCUCAUUAUCAAGGCGUUUGAACAAAUAUGGUUUGAACUGCCUCAUCUCGACUUGUAAGUCUAGCUAAAAUCUCCUUUCAUUUUCAA